AAGUGUUUUUGGGGAAAGAAAAUAUGGUGGGAAAUUUGAAAGCAUGAGAGUAUAAAAUGAGAGAAUUAGAAGUAUGCCAUUUUCAGUCACUGCUCGCUGGUGAAAUUAUGUUCUUCCUCUAAUGGCGCUCGCCGGCCUCAUCGAAUCACAUCCAUGGCCGCCAAUUCCACAUUCAAACUCUCCAAUUUCUCCAAUUCCCUCCCCUCCAAACCUUCCUUCCGCUACUCCACAUGGCACUCCCCACUGCCUCCGGCGGCGGCAGCUGAUCCUGUACUCGCCGCCGUCUCCACAGCCAUCAACAACGUCGAAACAAAGCCUCUCGCCUCUUCUCUUCGGCGGCUCCUCCCUUCCUUCAAACCCCACCAUUUCAUCGACCUCAUUAACCAUAACCCCUUCUCUCUCUCCCCUGUCUCUCUCUUCUCCUUCUUCAAUUGGCUCUCUUCUGUCCCCACCUUUCGCCACACUCUCCAAUCCUACUGCGCUAUGGCUAAUUUCCUCUGCGUCCAUCAAAUGUUCGAAGAAUCACAAUCGAUCGUCCGAUUUCUCGUCUCCCGCAAAGGUAAGGACUCGGCGGCUUCGAUCUUCGCCGCGAUUCUUGAAAUUACAGAUACGCGUUGUUCGAAUUUUGUAUUUGAUGCUUUGAUGAUUGCGUAUUCGGAUUCUGGGUUCAUCUCCGAUGCGAUUCAGUGUUUCAGGUUGGUCAGGAAGAGAAAUUUUCAAAUCCCGUUUCGUGGAUGUGAGUACUUACUUGAUAAAAUGAUGAAUUCAAACUCCCCUGUUACGAUUUGGACGUUUUAUCUGGAAAUUUUGGAUUCUGGGUUCCCACCUAAAGUAAAGUAUUUCAACAUUUUGAUUAAUAAGUUCUGUAAACAGGGAAGCAUUAGAGAUGCCAGGUUGAUCUUCGAUGAAAUUGGGAAGAGGGGUUUUCGUCCCACAGCUGUUAGUUUCAAUACCUUGAUUAAUGGGCUCUGUAAAUCCCGAAAUUUAGAUGAGUGUUUUAGGUUGAAGAAAGCCAUGGAAGAGAAUAGAAUACAUCCUGAUGUUUACACUUACAGUGUUCUGAUUCAUGGGUUAUGCAAGCAAGGUAAGGUAGAUGAUGCAGAACAACUGUUCGACGAAAUGCGUCAGAGAGGAUUGAGGGCAAACGACGUUACAUUCACUGCUUUGAUUGAUGGGCAAUGCAGGAGCGGACGAAUUGACUCAGCCAUGAACACUUAUCAGCAAAUGUUAGCCAUGGGAGUGAAACCAGAUUUAGUUAUGUAUAACACACUCAUAAAUGGCCUCUGCAAAGUUGGGGAUGUUAGUAAAGCUAGGAAGCUAGUUGAUGAAAUGAAAAUGGUGAGGAUGAAACCAGAUAAAAUCACUUACACAACACUCAUAGAUGGUUACUGCAAAGAGGGAGAUAUAGAAUCAGCCAUGGAGAUUAGGAAAGGGAUGAAUGAAGAAGGGGUUGUUCUUGAUAAUGUAGCAUUCACAGCCAUUAUCUCAGGUUUGUGUAGAGAUGGAAGGGUGAUGGAUGCAGAGAGGACCUUGAGGGAGAUGAAGGAAGCUGGGAUGAAACCCGACGACGCGACGUAUACUAUGGUGAUCGACGGGUAUUGCAAGAACGGCGAUGUUAAGACGGGGUUUAAGCUGCUGAAAGAGAUGCAGAGAAAUGGGCAUAAUCCUGGUGUGAUAACUUACAAUGUGCUUAUGAAUGGGCUUUGCAAGCAAGGACAGAUGAAGAAUGCCAAUAUGCUGUUGGAAGCAAUGCUUAACUUAGGAGUAACUCCUGAUGAUAUUACAUACAAUAUUCUGUUGGAAGGGCACUGUAAGAGUGGAAGAGCUGAAGAUUUCCUUCACCUCAGAAAUGAGAAAGGGCUCGUAGUAGACUACGCGUAUUAUACUUCUUUAGUCGGUGAAUACGAUAAAUCAUUAAAGGAUCGUCGAAAGAGGUAAUGAAGGUAUGUUGCGGAAUUCAAACUUGUCUUUCGGUUGAUCAUUGCAUUACUUA